GUUGUUUCAUGAUGAGGUUCCUGCAAGUUUAAGCAUCUUGGAUGAGUGAUGUAUGGCUCUGCUGCAUGUUUGCCUCAACACCGGACUAAUUAAGAUUUGUUAAAGAUUAAUGGAACAUUAGCAACUUUUAGGAAUAUGAUGUGUAGGGGGAAUCCUGGAAAAAAGGUUGUGCUUUGAAUAUAAGUUAUUGCUUGUCAGGAAAGUUGGUUCAAAGAAUAAGUUUCCAUGGCUCCUGGAAGCAGCAUUUGCAUGGAAAUUCCUGAUUCCCAAGUCACAGAUGACGAACUUGCCAGUGCUAGCUUUAAACUUGAUGGUAUCCUGCCUCCUAAGUCUUCCACUGUUUCUGGUAUUAAAGCAGGCUCAUCCUCGACUAGUGGUGUUUACGAGCUUCUAGAAUGCCCGGUCUGUGCAAACUCUAUGUACCCUCCCAUUCACCAGGUUUUCUUCUUCUACUGCUAUAUGACCAGCAUCUACUGUCUCUAUAUCUGAACUUAUAUAUAAAAGCUGAUCCUCACAAAGCACCAGAAUAAAUUUGUCUUCUCCAAUGCACACUUUGUUUCUUUUUCAGAGAGGAUCCUAUUUUUCCUACUAUAUGAUCACUCUCAAACACCUUUUCAUUGUUUUAUAAAUCUCUUAGGUUGCUGAUUGUAGCCUCUCAGUGCUUGCUGUUUCCUUUUCAUGUAUAGUAUUUUAGGUUAGUUUAUGGUAUGCAAUAUGAAACUGUAUAUAUAAAUAUCACAAGUUAAAAGCAUUCUGGAUAGUUGUAUUGAAAUACUGGCUUCUAUGUUAUGAGAUUUAACAUCAGCAUGUGGGCGGCUAGUGGACCACAUAGUGCCUAGCCGGAUACAGAUGCUGAGGCAAAUUGAAUUAAACAGUUAUCUGGUAAUGAAGUUUUAGUUUAUAAAUAAAACAAUUAAAAAGAGAGAGAAAAAUCAGCAAAGAUGCAGAGAAAAUAAGCAGCAUCAACAAUUAAGGACUAAGUAGUAAUAGGAGCAAGAAGAAGGGGAGGCUUCCAGCAAGAGAAGGAGCAGCAAUGAUGGAUGCAGGAAGAGGAUGAAGAGGAGAAGCAGUGACAGCAGUAGUAGGAAGAGGAAGAGGAAGAGGAAAGGAAGGGAAUGGGGGCAAGCCCCUUGACCAUAGCCUGUUGGAGUCACCAUCAAGAGCACCUUCUGUUCCACUCUCCUCUUCUCUCCUUUCCUAUCCCUUGCAUGCUUUGGACUUCCGGGAUGAACCAAGGUUUGCAAUACUAAUGCGUACUACUUGUAAUGGGUAUGCUAGGCAUACCGUGCCAUACCGAACUGAUUCCUUGGUAUGAAGGGUGUAAUGACUGUCAAUACACUGAGCCGACCCCCGAUAUGUCCCAACAUGGUCCAAUAUGGAAUCCAGCACUGAGAUUGCGAACCUUGGCAUGAACAAAACUGUAACUUGUUUGGAACUUCAGUUCUGCAAUUUAGCUAGCAUGUUUUAUGUUAAUGGCAGUCAUUGACAUUUAUAAAUAGAAUACGCAUCAUGAUGUGCAUGUAUGCAUGAGUGCCUACAUUUCUUGUUCCCUAAUUGUCUAACUGAUGUAACCCUCCUUUUUCUGGUUCAUCCCGUGUUGUGACAACAAGGCAUCAAUUCUUUACUUUAGACAAAUUUUGAGAUGCUUGGGAGUUUAGGCGUGGCUUCUACCCCAAAUUCUGUUGCGCUAUGUCCAAAUGGUCACACUCUCUGCUCAAGUUGCAAGCCUAGAGUACAUAAUCACUGCCCUACCUGUCGCCAAGAACUGGGUAAUAUCAGAUGUUUAGCUCUUGAGAAGGUUGCAGAGUCACUCGAGCUUCCUUGUAAAUAUCAGGACCUAGGAUGCUCUGAAAUACAUCCAUACUAUACUAAAUUGAAACAUGAGCAGCUAUGCAGGUUCAGGCCCUACAGUUGCCCCUAUGCAGGUUCUGAAUGCCUGGUCAUAGGUGAUAUUCCAAUGCUUGUGGCCCAUCUGAAAAAUGAUCAUAAGGUGGAUAUGCAUGAAGGCUGCACGUUCAACCACCGUUAUGUGAAAUCUAACCCCCACGAGGUUGAAAAUGCAACAUGGAUGCUCACUGUCUUCAGUUGUUUUGGACAGUACUUCUGUCUUCACUUUGAGGCCUUCCUCUUGGGAUUGGCUCCAGUUUACAUGGCGUUCUUAAGAUUUAUGGGUGAAGACAGCGAAGCAAAGAACUUCAGUUACAGUCUGGAAGUGGGUGGCAAUGGCCGAAAACUGAUAUGGCAGGGAGUGCCGAGGAGUAUCAGGGACUGCCACAGGAAGGUUCGAGAUAGCUAUGAUGGAUUGAUCGUCCACCGAAACAUGGCCCUGUUCUUCUCAGGUGGCAACAGGCAGGAGCUGAAACUGCGAGUGACUGGUCGAAUUUGGAAAGAGCAAUGAUUUUAACCAUCUUCUGUGCUUCUAUUUCCUAUCUGACCCCUGUUGAUCAACUGAGUGCAACAAUAGGACUUGGGCUAGCUGAUAAAUCAUGUCGAGUCUGUAUGCUUUGAUAUACAUUUUGUACCUUGCGAAGGCAUAAAUCAAUGUGGCUUCUGUUUAUGUUCACUUAAUCUUCUUUGAUUCCAGAUAAGUGGAAGUUCUUAGUCUUCUUUA